AUGUCCGAACACGCGGCGCCGACGCGCGACGCGCGGAAGCAAAGCUCGCGCUCGGGCGCGUCGAGCGCGUCCAAGCACCCGAUCGUCACGCUGGGCGUGUGCGCGAUGGAUAAAAAGUCGCGCUCGAGCGCGAUGCGAGAGAUCCUGACGCGGAUCGAAUCGUUCGGGGAGUUUGAGAUUGUGAUAUUCGGGGACGAGUGCGUGGUGAACGAACCGGUGGAAAAUUGGCCCAAGGUGGACGCGCUGAUCGCGUUCUACAGCAAUGGGUUUCCGUUGCAAAAGGUGGAGCGGUACGUGGAGAUGCACAAGCCCUUUGUGGUGAACGAGCCGAACGACCAGUGGACGCUGCUGGAUCGGAGAUUGGUGUAUAAGCGGUUGCAGGAACACGAUAUUCCAGUGCCGAAUCACGUGGUGGUGAAUCUGGCGUUGCCCGAUCAACCGACGUUCGAGCCAAAGAAUUUCUCACAGGACGAAGAGUACGUGGAAAUCAACGGGAAAAGGAUAUAUAAGCCCUUUGUGGAGAAGCCGGCGAACGCGGAGGAUCAUAACAUUUUUAUCUACUACCCACACAGCGUCGGUGGGGGGUACAAGCGCUUGUUUCGGAAGAUUGGUAAUCAAUCGAGUCAGUACUACCCUCCUCCUGAAACCACCGCGGCGGGCGAGUUGUCUUACGCCCCGGUUCGGGAGACGACAUCUUUCAUUUACGAAGAUUUCAUGUCAACGAACGGUACAGAUGUAAAAGUGUAUACUGUUGGUCCGAAUUACGCCCACGCCGAAGCUAGAAAGAGUCCAGUCGUCGAUGGAAGAGUGCAGAGAGACGAGAGCGGCAAGGAGGUGCGUUACCCGGUAUUGUUGACGCCAGAGGAGAAAGAAAUCGCACGCCGUGUGUGUAUAGCGUUUGGGCAGCGAGUUUGUGGAUUUGAUUUACUUCGUGCGAAAGGUCGAAGCUACGUUUGUGACGUCAAUGGAUGGAGUUUUGUGAAAAACUCCAAAAAAUACUAUGACGACGCUUCGGUGUGCUUGCGAGCGAUGAUUUUGAAAGCCGUAGCGCCGAAUCACUUUAGCACUCAGCCUGCUCAAAAAGCCGCGGCAUCGGCUAGUGUUGAAGAGCCUGAUAUCAUUUUAGAUGGUAAUGAUGCCGAAUUGAAGGAAACCAGACUCGAGAAGGCGCCAUCACCCAAGGAACCGCCUGAGGAGUUGCGCGCCGUACUCGGCGUCAUUCGGCACGGCGAUCGCACGCCCAAGCAAAAGAUGAAACUGAGAGUGAAAAAUCGUGAACUUCUUGAUCUCAUGCUUCGAUGCACGAACGGUCGAACUCGCAAGCAAGCUAAAUUGAAGACGCCUCAGACAUUGCAAGAACUCUUGAAUAUUUGCAGGGACAUUUACAAAAGUUUGUCUAAGCAAACCUUGGCGCCGAAAGACGAGGAGGGACAUGAAGAGGCGCAAGAAGAACUCGAAGCGUGGAAACAAGUAGUGUCGAUUCUCGAAGAAGGAGGACACUUUAGUGGUAUCAAUCGUAAAGCGCAGCUCAAACCUCUUGAGUGGGAGACAAUCGAUGCUGGAACGCUAGACUCUCACACAGAAAAAGUCACCGAGGCUCUCCUCAUCAUCAAGUUCGGCGGUGUUUUGACUUAUUUGGGUAAAUAUCAAGCCGAAACACUCGGUAAGGCAUUUAGAGUACGAAUGUAUCCUCGUGGUAACUAUUACGGCUCGGACGCUGAUGGUUUACUGAGAUUACAUUCAACCUAUCGCCACGAUUUGAAGAUUUACUCCUCCGAUGAAGGUCGAGUGCAGAUCACUGCUGCAGCUUUUGCGAAAGGUUUACUCGCCCUCGAUACCCAUCAUGGACAGCUCACGCCGAUUCUCGCUUCUCUCGUUACCAAAGAUGCAAAGUUGUUGGAUUUCGUGACUCAUUACGUGGAAGAGGACAUCUUACACUCAAAGCACAAGCUCGCUGGCGAAUCAUCCCACCACGAUACGACUCAAAAAGCUGUCACGCUUUCAACCAAUCUCAUGGGUGUACCGAAGCAGCCACUCAAGAAACUCGAAAUGCUGUAUGAACUCACGAAAUCAAUUUCGGUGCAGCUUAGAACGAUGCUUUCUAGCCACCAAGUGCGAUAUGAUUCCGAUUCCGGCACUAGAAUCAACUGGGCCGACACGCAUUCCGCCGUCGCCCCACGUGGUUCACUUCCAAAAGGAGGUAUUCAACAGCUUAAAACCAUGAUCGUUCCCGCUGGCGGUGAGUCCUUUUUGCUCAUGUAUUCCAGAUGGAAAAAGUUAGAGCAAGAUCUUUACCAUUCGCGUAAAGCUAGGUUUGACAUCUCGAAAGUACCAGACGUCUACGACGCGGUAAAAUACGAUGCCAUUCAUAACGAACAUUUGGCUUUAGAGGGACUCGAGGCGUUGUACGAAAUCGCGAAAGAGCUAGCAGAUUGCAUUGUUCCGAAUGAAUACGGUACGACGGCUUCGAGCAAGCUACGAAUUGGGGGCACCGUUGCCAACAGCUUGAUUGCAAAAUUGCUAAGCGAUUUGAACAACACUCGCGAGGAAUCUUUCGCCGUCGAAAGCGGUGGAAUGUCAUCGAAUGAAAUGCGCCGUGUUUCUAUCAGCGAAAAGAUACCGGUUUUAAAUGAAGAAGACGAGGCCGAAACGAUCGACGAAGAGACUGAGCGAGAACGUGAGGAGCAGGAAGAAGAAGAGGAAGAGCUGAACACGACUCGAUUGAAUUUGCGAUACGCCACGGCGCACGGUGUGCAUAGCCCAUUCAGACACGUGCGCACGCGGCUUUAUUUCACCUCUGAAUCUCACUUGCAUUCGCUCAUCAAUGUACUUCAGUACGCGCACCUGGACAAGCCUCGAGAAGAUCGCGAGCGAGGUCGCUCUCCGUAUCACACCGAACAUAGCGAAAGCGACGAGCUCGAUUAUCUUACCCACAUCGUGUUUAGAAUGUUCGAACGUUUCCAUGUUCCUCCGUCAGAUCCUCGACGCUUUCGGAUUGAAAUUUUGUUCUCCAACGGCGUCAGUUUACACCCGUUUAAGACCAAUGCCAUCGAACUUUUCGACAGCAGCGCUAGGAACGGUGUAGCAGAUGAAGACGAGGAGAUGAUAUCUGAUGAUUUGCUCAAAGAAAUACAGAUUCAAAACGAUAAAAUCAUGCCUGGACAGGAUUAUCUCACUCUUAGCACCAUGGAAGAGUACUUGGUAAACUACAAUCGACGCUGGAACAAGGGAGGGGAUUCAGCCGAUGGCACGCCCGGGAAAGGCGCGAGGAGCUCGAGUGUUGGCAGCGAGCGAAUCAGGGCGGGAAAGAACCUCUUUACUUGA